UGUUCCAGGAAGGGGUGUAGUACUAUACCCUCAGAUCGGAGACAAAAUGGACAUUGUGUGUCCAAGAAUCAAGCCAGGCUCCACUGAGCAGGCGAACAUUGAAUACUUCCAGGUCUAUCUUGUUCCCAAAGAACAACUUGAGACCUGUCGAGUUACUAAGGGCGACAUGUUACUGCUCAACUGUGACAAGCCGGACCAGGACGUGAAGUUUACCUUCAAGUUUCAAGAGUUCAGCCCCAACCUGUGGGGCCUGGAGUUCUACAAAGGGAAGGACUAUCACAUCAUCUCCACAUCUAACAGCACUUUUGAAGGUCUGGACAACCACGGUGGUGGUGUUUGCAAGACCAAGUCCAUGAAGCUGGUCCUGAGAGUUGGACAGAGUCCUACAGAUUCAUUCUCAGCAAAAAAUCAUCCAACACGAUAUCCUCCAAAAUACCCUGAUAAUAAGGACCAAAACACCUUCAGCAAAGAAAACGAUGUUGUCAGCAGAGUUGAUCCUAUGCAGAAUGGUGAGGCCGGAGGCAAGAGCGGAGAGUCUGUAGGAUCUGCUGGAUCUGAAGUCGCCCUGUUUGCUGGUGUUGCAUCCGGUGCUGUCAUCUUCAUCAUCAUCAUCAUCGCUCUGGUAGCACUGCUGCAUCGUCGUCAUCAGAAACACUCAGCGCAGUGCUCCGCCCAACUGCCAUUAAACACGCUGCCCAAACGCGGAAGUGCUGCCAGUGGCGGCAGCAACAACAACGGCUCUGAGCCGAGUGACAUCAUCUUUCCACUGCGGACCUCAGGAAGCAUGUACUGCCCGCACUAUGAAAAGGUCAGUGGAGACUACGGGCACCCUGUCUACAUCGUCCAAGAAAUGCCACCACAAAAUCCUGCAAACAUUUACUACAAAGUUUGACAGAGAAUGGACAACAAGCCAUGGACACUAAAGCGGCUCCGUUUCAAAUGAUGGACAUCAGCGUUUUGAUGCCUCUCAGACACUCAGUUGCUUGCUCCAGUUGGUUUAGCCCUAUUAACUGGUUGCUAGAAUGGCUGAAGUGCUGUCUAAUUCAGAAAAACUCAUUCUUUGUUGAGACAUGAUUCUGUAUUAGAUGCUGGUGCACAUGGGAAUUUGCUCUUUUGUUUAUAAAUGAACAUGGAAAACUGGAGGACUUUCAAAGCUUAGAACAAUCUUACAGAUGAACAAGCAGUGAAGUGCUGCAAAGUCAUGCUGAAUAAACAUUGCAUGUGAAGGAUCUGAGAACACCUGAUUUUGUUACGAAAAUGCAAGAUUUUUUUAUUUAAUUAUUGUUUUUUGCUUAUUUUCGUGUUUCAAAUCUCCCAGAGCUUAGCUGAAAAUUUGAACGUUCAUGCACGAGAAGAGGCCUUUAUUCCUGUGCUUUGCAAUUCUUCAAUGUAUUUGAGUCCAUCUGAUGCAAUUUAGGCUGAGAAUGACUGUUUGCAUCCCAAAGCUGGCCUGAUGGAUGCAUAUUACACAUCAGUUCAGACAUUUGUAGCCCUUAUGCUGUUGACGUUCAAGCCAGUGUGGUCCAAAACGCAUGUGGUUCUUUUAUCCCCAUUUGCUUAUAACUUUUCAAACAUUUAUUCAAACAGCAAACAAACAAAACUAAAGAUCAACAUACAGAAAGAUCCUUUGUUGACUUGGUAAUGUAAAUACAAUAGCCAAGCAUUGAAAUGAUGCUUUAAGUUAUGUUUUGUAUGAAUCUGAACAGUGCUUGUCCAUUACGUUUCAUCAUUGAAUGUUCAGUUGAUUUUGUUCAGAUACUUCAGGAGUUUACUUCAGCAAACCAGAAGCAACAUGUUGGAUAGAAUGGAUAUUCUUUUGAAAUCUUGCAUUUGUUAAACUUGUUUGUUGAUUCUAGUUGUUCUAGCCAAUUUCACAUUCCAGAUGGCUGACAAGGUUGAAUGAAAUUAUUCACCAUAGUCGCU